AUGCUACGUCCAUCACACCGUCUCUUAAAAAUGACAGAAUGGACGGCAAAACACGUCAGGCAGACGUAUAUAGACUACUUUAAAGAAAAGCACAAUCACAGCUUCGUGCCUUCUUCAUCUUCCAUCCCUUACGAAGAUCCAACGCUUCUGUUCGCAAAUGCUGGAAUGAACCAAUACAAAUCCAUCUUCCUCGGUACGGCUGAUAAGAACUCCCCAUUCGGUCAACUCAAAAGAGCUGUCAAUUCACAGAAAUGCGUUAGAGCCGGUGGAAAGCACAAUGACCUCGACGACGUUGGAAAGGACACUUACCACCACACUUUCUUCGAAAUGCUUGGUAAUUGGAGCUUUGGUGAUUACUUCAAGAAAGAAGCUAUCGAAAUGGCUUGGAAGUUGCUCGUCGAUGUCUACAAACUCAACCCAGACCAACUCUACGUUACUUACUUCGAAGGCGAUCAAUCUCAAGGCUUAGAACCUGACUUUGAAGCCAGAGAUAUUUGGAGAAACCUUGGUUUAUCUGAUGACCACAUUCUCACCGGUGAUGCAAAAGAUAACUUCUGGGAAAUGGGUGCUACCGGUCCUUGUGGUCCUUGCUCAGAAAUUCAUUACGACCGAAUUGGUGGCCGAAACGCUGCACACAUUGUCAACGCGGACGAUCCAGACGUUAUCGAAAUCUGGAACAAUGUCUUUAUGCAAUUCAACCGUGAAGCAGACGGAAGUCUCAGACCGCUGCCUGCCAAGCACAUUGAUACUGGUUUAGGUUUCGAGAGAUUAGUUUCCAUCUUGCAAAACAAAUCAUCCAACUACGACACCGACGUCUUCACUCCUAUCUUCGACAAAAUCCAACAGCUCACCAGAGCUCGCCCAUACGCUGGCAAACUCGGUGCUGAGGAUGUCGACGGCAUAGACACUGCUUACAGAGUUGUCGCUGAUCACGUUCGUACUCUUACUUUCACUAUAAGUGACGGUGGUGUACCAAACAAUGUCGGUAGAGGCUACGUUCUCAGACGCAUCUUGAGAAGAGGCUCUCGCUACGUAAGAAAGAAGUUUGGUGUCGCUAUCGGUAGCUUCUUCUCUUCUCUCGCUCCAGUUGUGAUUGAGCAAAUGGGAGGCAUGUUCCCAGAGAUCACUAAUAAAUAUGACGAUCUCAAGGAGAUUUUAGAUGAGGAGGAGGAAUCAUUUAGUAGAACGCUCGAUAGAGGUGAGAAGCUCUUCGAAAGCUUCGCCCAAAAAGCUCUUCAAACACCUCAAAAGCAGCUUGGUGGUAAGGAGGCGUGGAGAUUGUAUGACACUUACGGUUUUCCUGUUGAUUUGACUCUCUUGAUGGCAGAAGAAGCUGGGCUGACCAUCAACCAAGAAGAGUUCGAGAAGGCUAGGCAGGAGUCACAUGAAUUGUCCAAGUCUACAAAGAAAAAAGGUGAAGCGGAGAGUGUCAAAUUUGAUGUACACGAUUUAGCUGCCCUCGACUCGAACAAGAUUACCAAGACGGAUGACAGCUUCAAGUACACACUUGGUACCAUCAACUCCAAGGUCGUUUCCAUCUUCCAAAACCGUCAAUUUUACAACUCCACUAAAGACUUGGAUUCCACCAAACCGUUCGGUGUUCUCCUCGACAAGACCAACUUCUAUGCUGAAAGCGGUGGUCAAGAAAACGAUACAGGUAUUAUCUCUAUCGACGGUGUAUCAGACUUUGGUGUGGAUGAUGUCCAGUCCUACUCUGGUUAUGUGCUGCACUCGGGUGUAUUAAAGUAUGGUGAACUGAAAGUAAAUGACGAUGUCAUCUCAACAUACGACGAGUUACGUAGAUGGCCAAUCAAAAACAACCAUACAGGUACACAUUUGCUCAACUAUGCGCUUAAGGAGGUUUUAGGUGAUCACAUUGACCAGAAGGGAUCUUUGGUCGCCCCAACGAAAUUGAGAUUCGACUUCAAUCACAAGUCAGGCUUGAACGUUGAUGAGCUAACUAAGAUUGAAGAUAUAUGCGAUCAAUUCAUCAAGAGGAAUGUUGCAGUGUUCUCUCAAGAGUUUAACCUCGACGACGCAAAGAAGAUUCCAGGAUUGAGGGCUGUGUUUGGUGAAGUGUACCCAGAUCCUGUUAGAGUUGUGUCUGUCGAAUUCAACCCACAGGAUAUCAAACAAGACAUAGAGAAUCCAAAGUGGUCCAAGUCAUCGAUUGAGUUCUGUGGUGGUACGCAUGUGAACACUACUGGUGAAAUUAAGCUAUUCAAGAUUAUCGAAGAGUCUUCAAUCGCUAAGGGCAUUAGAAGAAUAAUAGCAGUCACUGCAGAUGAUGCUAUUGAAGUUAUUAGAAAGUCAUCAGAAUUGCAAAAUAAGCUACAAUUCAUCAACGGUUUCAGUGACGUGAAUGAGAAGGACUUGCAAUUAAAGAAUUUUGUUGCUGAGCUUGGCCAGGCUGAGAUUUCUACUAUCAGUAAAAUCAAAUUGAGAGACGAGUUUAACAAGAUUAAGAAGGUGGUAGAUGAUCACAAGAAAGCUCAGGCAGCUAAAGAGGCAAAGAUUGCGCAAGAUACAAUCAAGAACUACUUUAAUGAACACGAGAGCGAGUCUCACUUUGUGGGUCAAAUUGAGCUCGGCUCCAACGUCAAAGCUCUCAGUGCGGCUUUGUCAGCCGCUAGACCACUUAACAAGACUGUUUAUGUCUUUAGCGUUGACAGAGAAGCUAAGAAGAUCGCUCAUCAGUGUUACAUACCUAAAGAUAAGCUCAACGACUCCUUCAAUGCUAAGUUGUGGGCAGCAAAGGUUGCUGAAGUUGUCGGUGGAAAGGCUGGUGGUAAAGACGACAGUGCUCAGGGUGUUGGUAGCGAAGUUGACAAAAUCGACGAAGCCAUCAAUGUCGCCAAGUCUCUCCUCUAG